AAACCCAAUCCUUUCAAUUAUGUUUUAAAUUUGAUUUCAUUUUUAAAGCUUAUUCUAUUAUUCAAUUCAGUUUAUAUCUUUUUCAUUAAUACAGUGAGUACAUUUGAAUUGUGUUAUUUUGCAAAUAUGGACUGGGCAUGCCUUUAAUUGUGGAUUGUUAGAAAUUCACACUAUAAAUGAAAUUAAACAACAGUUAUUUUUGCUUAUAAUUAGAACAUUUUCUCUAUGGAGUCUUCACUUGAAAUAUUGGAGUAUGACUCUCAAGAGAAAAAUAGAAUGGAAAAUCAGCCAGAUGAAGUCAGGACUGGACUGUUCCUUAAACAAUGGGAAUCCCAAGUGCGCCCUUACAUUGAAAUGAUUGACUACCUACGGCGCAUUGGCAUUGAGAAGGAUCUUGCCUUGCCCUCAAUUGCAGUUGUUGGAGACCAGAGUUCUGGGAAGAGCUCUGUUUUGGAAGCACUUUCUGGCGUGGCUUUACCCAGAGGCAGUGGCAUCGUCACCCGUUGUCCACUGGAGCUGAAACUGCGGAAGCUGAAUGCUGGCUCCGCUUGGACGGCUGUCAUUUCUUACGGAGACGUUCAAGAGACGUUCACGGAUCCCUCACAAGUUGAGGGUCAUGUCAGAAGAGCCCAGAAUGUUCUUGCUGGAGAUGGUGUUGGGAUCUGCGAUGAACUCAUCAGUUUAGAGAUCACAUCUCCUGAUGUAUGUGACCUCACCCUGAUUGAUUUACCGGGUAUAACUAGAGUACCAGUGAAAGGCCAACCUGAAGAUAUUGGAGAUCAGAUUAGACGGCUUAUAUUGAAAUUUGUUGAGAGGAAAGAAACCAUUAAUUUGGUUGUUGUACCCUGCAAUGUGGACAUAGCAACAACUGAGGCACUGCGUAUGGCCCAGGGUGUGGAUCCCAAUGGAACAAGAACAUUAGCAAUUCUUACAAAGCCAGAUUUGGUGGAUAAAGGGGCAGAAGCAGACAUUUUGCAGGUUAUGCAGGGUAAAGUCGUCCCUCUGAAAAAAGGUUAUAUAAUGGUACGUUGCAGGGGUCAGAGUGACAUUAAUGAAAACAUCCCCUUGAGUGAGGCCACAAGACAGGAGACAGAGUUCUUCAAGAACCACAGUCACUUUAGCUAUCUUCUGGAAGAACAGAAAGUUACAACACGCUGCCUUGCUACUAGGCUCACCAAAGAACUGGUUGAACAUAUCAGGGCAUCACUGCCUUCCCUCACAGAGCAGAUUCAAAUCCGCUUGUCUGCUGUUAGGCUGGAACUCAGGAAGUAUGGCCAAGGGCCACCGUUAGAGCCGGAGAAGAUGUCGGCUUAUCUGAGUAAGAGAAUCUUGGAGUUCAGCGAUCAAAUCACUGAGCUCUGUCGCACCGGGUCAUCAGGAAUUGGAAACAUCUAUUCUCUCCUGCGACCUGUGUUCAAGCAAUGGGAAUGCCAACUGAGAGAAUCCAAAGCAUUAUUUAGGGAUGAAGUGCAGGAAAUGACCGAAAACUACGAGGCCCAUCGUGGGAGAGAGCUGAUAACAUUCAGUGACUACUGUAUAUACGAAGCACUGAUACAGAAGCAUGUCAACAACCUCAAACUACCAGCUUUAGACACCCUGAAGUCUGUUAGAGGUAUCGUGCAAAGUGAGUUCAGAGCUCAGUGUGAGUUCUGCUUCCCAAAUUACCCUCAUCUGAGAUUUAUGAUAAUAAAUCAGAUUGAUGAAAUUCAGUCACAUCAGGAGGCAAAAGUAGAGAAAAGGAUCAUGGAGUUCAUCAGCAUGGAGAGACUUGUCUACACCCAGGACCCAAUUUUCACCCAAAAGAUGGUUGACUUCCGGUUUGUUGAGCAGAGGCAGGAGUAUGAGUCUGUAUGCUUAGAUACUGGAGAGAAUGCAACCUCUCCCAACAACUGUGCUGUUUUUGACACCAGAAAGCUAACACCUGACAAAUGGAUAAUCUACUAUGAGAUCGUCUACCAGCGUUUGGCAGAUUUUGUUCCCAUGUUAAUCCUACUGUUUAUGCUGAAGGAAACUGUCGUGAUGUUGCGUGCAGAAUCCAUGGACCUGCGUAAUGGAGUUGACAUGACCAAACUGCUCAGUGAAGACUCUGAGUCUGGACGAAAGAGAAUAGAGUUACAUCAGCGUAUGGAACGACUACGAUUGGCCCAGGAGAGGAUCAGCAUUAACAUCUAAAAUGUUGCAUUUUUUUUUCUCCUAUCCAAAACAUAUAGAUAUUAACCAAUGGCAGGACAGGGGCAGAGACAAUACAUGAAUAAACCCAAACCCACCCCACCACGUAAACAAAAACACAACAGAAACCGAACACACACUAUAUGUGCCCGGUUGCCCUUCCUGACAGACUAAAAAUGAUCAUUUUACCCGAAUUUAAAAAGUAUUGAGUUGUAAAUCUUGGGAGCUGUGAUCUCCAGGGUCUUUCUAUUUUUUAAAUUUGUGGGUUUGUGGGAAGAGCUCGGUUUCCGAAGCACUGUCUGACAUGACUUUACCCAG